UCCCGAGCCCGACACCUUCUCCUACAACACGCUCCUCCACUAGCUGGUGGUCUCGUCGUCCCUGGCCGACGCGCGCGGCCUGUUCGACGAAAUGCCCGUGAAGGACGCGGAGGAUGAUGGAGGAGGCAAAAGGGUUGUUUGAUGCUAUGCCCUGCAGGAAUGUGGCUUCGUGGAACACAAUGUUGAUAGGGUACGCUCAGGUUGGGAUGUUGGAAGAAGCGAGGACAAUUUUUGACAUGAUGCCACAGAAGGAUGCGGUCUCGUGGGCUGCAAUGCUGGCUGCAUAUUCACAGGGUGGUUUCAGUGAGGAAACCCUGCAAUUGUUCAUAGAGAUGGGGCGCUGUGGUGAAUGGGUGAAUAGGUCAGCAUUUGCUUGUGUUUUGAGCACAUGUGCUGACAUUGCUGCGCUUGAGUGUGGAAUGCAACUGCAUGGUAGGUUGAUUAAGGCUGGUUAUGGGGGGGGGGGGGGCUGCUUUGUCGGGAAUGCACUCCCUAUGUAUUUCAAAUGUGGGAACAUGGAGGACGCUCGCAAUGCAUUUGAGGAGAUGGAGAGGGAUGCAGUUUCAUGGAAUACUAUGAUUGCAGGCUAUGCUCAGCACGGUUUUGGCAAGGAAGCUCUUGAGGUUUUUGAUACAAUGAGUACAGCGUCUACCAAGCCAGAUGAUAUUACUUUGGUUGGAGUACUUGCAGCAUGUAGUCAUUCUAGCUUGGUCGAGAAAGGCAUUUCAUACUUUUAUUCAAUGUACCGUGAUUUUGGUGUGACAGCAAAACCUGAACACUACACUUGUAUGAUAGACCUCCUUGGACGGGCUGGAACAUUGGAUGAAGCACUUAAUCUUAUGAAGGACACGUGGUUUGAGCCCGACUCUACCAUGUGGGGUGCCUUACUUGGUGCAAGUAGGAUCUACCGCAACUCCGAACUAGGCAGGAGUGCAGCUGAGAAAAUAUUUGAGUUGGAACCUGAAAAUGCUGGCAUGUAUGUCUUGCUUUCAAAUAUAUAUGCGUCCUCUGGCAAAUGGUGUGAUGUGGACAAAAUGAGACUUACGAUGCAUGAGCGUGGUGUGAAGAAGGUUCCUGGUUUCAGUUGGAUUGAAGUACAGAACAAAGUCCACACUUUCUCAGUGGGUGAUUGUGUGCAUCCUGAGAAAGAAAACAUAUAUGCUUUCCUGGAAGACCUUGACAUCAGGAUGAAGAAGGCUGGCUAUGUAUCAACUACAGAUAUGGUUUUGCAUGACGUGGAGGAAGAGAAGGAGCACAUGCUCAAGUAUCAUAGCGAGAAGCUUGCUGUUGCUUAUGGUAUUCUAAAAAUUCCUCCUGGGAGGCCGAUCCGGGUGAUAAAAGACCUGAGAGUGUGCAGAGACUGUCACACUGCUUUCAAGUAUAUCUCUGCUAUUGUGGGCAGGCUGAUCAUAUUGCGGGAUUCCAACCGUUUUCACCAUUUUAGAGAUGGUUCAUGUUCAUGUGGUGAUUACUGGUGACGAUGAGUAGAUAUUUUGUGCAAGAAAUUAGGAAGGAACUGCAGUUGACACUGAAAAAAUAAUAAUGCAAUGCAGGCUAGAGACAAAAAAUAGUAGGCAUCCUCAUAUCUGGAUCUGGCCAUGUUAGCCACUAGACCAGCUACUUUUAGUACUGGUUCAAAAAGAUUAUUCUAGUGAUUUGCCACAUUCAAGGCUUUCAAUUCACUGGUGAAAAUUGAGAUUGAUACCUCAAGAAGAGGAAAAAAAGAUACCGAGAGAGAGAGAGGAAAAAACCCUACAAAGUGCAUCCUCAUAUGAUGGAAGCAUUGCUUCAUUGUCUCUGUUCACAAGUUUGCUAGCAUUUAUUGGUUAGAUGACCCUUGGAUGUAAAGAUGCUAUCCCUUGUAAUUUGUCAAUAGGGAGAGAUCAACAGAGACAGGCAUCAGCUUAGGUGUGGCAUUGGAAUAUUCAAGAGGAUGCCGGUAUUCAGUGAAAUAUUCUUUAUUGAGCUUGAAUAUCAUUGGAGUUGCCAAACCAAGCGGAAGGAAGCAAUUGCAGAGAUAUUUCAUCAUGCCAUUUUUUUGUCAGAAUAACAAUUAUGGAAAAAUGUAAAGAUCCUUCAUUGACUCAGGUAUACUGUGCAUGAACAAUCAGCUGCUGCUGAUAUUAUCUGAA